GUUCCUCACAAGCAGGAGAGCCGCACCGAUCAUCUGGCGAUAGAAUCCAAACACAGAAACCACGCCCCCCCCGUUCAUUCUGGUUGUACCAAUCAAAUCGAACUCCGGCGCAGGCAAUCCCCAACCUUUCGAAAGCAAUCCCAAGCAAAAACCGAACAGCACAAUGGUUCCGAAUCCGGGAGGAUUCCUCCUCGCUGGCCUCUUUCUAGGCCUCUUUGUUGGACUUGCGAGUGGAGAACAACAACAACAACAACAACAACAACAAGGCAACGCGGGGAGAGGCCGCCCCGAUUUCGAUACCGACGAGGAAGAAAUAGCGCACUACGGCCCGAUCGAUCGGUUCUGGAGGUACCACGCCGAGAAAAAGACGCUGGUUCUGGGAGGCGUCGAGUACUAUGAUACGAUACAAUCCUGCAUGGACGAAAAGCUCACGCCCGAGGAAUGGGCCUCGGUCCGGCAGCCCCAGGAGCUGGACCGGAGCGUCGGAACGCGUUUCCUCGACUACGAGGGGAAACGGGAGGUCUUUCUGAUCGAGGUGAAGAACGCCAUGAGCCCGAUUCAUGCCAAGGCCGUUCGCGUGCUGAAGGACUGCGUCAAGAACAACAUCUCGGUGCUGCACGAGCACCGGCCCAUGUACCAGGUCUACGAGGUCAGCGAAUCGGCGGACCAGAGCCUCAAGGACGAGAUGGGGGGAAACAACCCGACCCAUCUCAACUCGAUCAUUGCCAUCUUUUUGCCGGACGUCGUGAAGGAGCAGUACAAGACCCUGGCCUUUGCCUACCACCACGCCGGCUGGCAGGCCCUAGUGGUCCGGGACGAGAUCCUGGAUCGCUACCGCGCUGGCAGCUACGACGCUGCCUUUGUUCCCGUCGAGCACGCGGGGAUGCGGGCCUGCGAGUACCUCACCUACGAGGGCUUCAACAACCUCUACGAGCACCAGGACGGUUUUGCCACCUCGGUGGUCCUCAACGUCUUUUUGUCGGAGGGCGAUGCCUACGAGGGCGGUGCCUUUUACAUGAAGGACAAGGUCAACGAGGAGUACCACCACGUGAGGCCGGACCAGUACAGCGCCUUGGCCUUUCUGGGGGGGACCUACGACCACGGCGUGGACACGAUCCACUCCGGGAUCCGCGAGGCCCUGUCGACCGAGUUUUGGUACUACCCCGACCUUCCGCCGGGGGUCAAUCUCUGCGCCGCCGACUUUGGAAAUAUUGAGCAGCACGUCAGGAACUGCAACAAGGUGCAGAAAUCUUACCGAGACGGAAAGGUAGAAACGGACUAUUCGGCCCACUGCGACGCCAUCUUUCCGUCGAACUCCAUCUACGGGGUCUGCAAGUCCCACUUCGGGGAAAUGCGAAACAUUUACGGGGACCAGGCAGCGGGGAACAACGACGGCGCGGAAUCCACAAAGGCAGACGCCGCAGCCGCAACCGCAAUMGUGACGGACAAAGAGAAGGCAGCCAUCGAAGGCGUGAACACCAAGAACGGCACGGAACUGUGAUCCAUCGAUCGACGCAUCACUCGCUCGAUCCGUCCACAAUGCUAUGAUUUGUAUUAUACUACUGCGCGAUUCAACAAGAAACUACACUGCUCUUUUUGCGACCUAUAAUGGUAGAAAAAUUACAUUCUGUGAGAGAUAAACAAUGACACUAUUCAACUGCAUUUACGCCGUAGAAAACAUUAGGUGGCAGGACAAAGUCGUGCAUUGCCCGCAGACUCCUUUACAGGAAAUGCUGGUGUAGCUAUUGGACACUUUCCCAAGUCCAACAAACUGAUCAGAUCAUAUGACGCUGUGGAAUGAGUUGAGGGCGCCAUCUUACAUGUAGGAAGUCAAGACUGAUUUAUUUCAGACAAACCUCGCCAGUAAGGUAUAAAACAUUACAAUCCAU